AUGGAUGCAACAAUCGAGUGGUUCGGUGCCACCACGUUUCGCGUGAAAGCCAACGGCCUCGUCAUCUUCUUGGACACAUGGCUUGAGCGACCAGAUGUCCUGCCCAAAGUGUUGGCUAUCGACGAUGUGACUGAAGCGGAUUACAUUUUCAUCUCCCACGCACAUUUUGACCAUCUUCCCGGAGCCGACAAGAUCGCAAUCAAAACCGGAGCGCAUGUAAUUGCCAACGGCGAAGCUAUUAACGUCCUUCGGUCAGCUGGAGUGCCCGAGGACCAAUUGAUCCCGGUAUCUGGUGGCGAGCGCAUUCCUCUUUUCCCUCUUGAGUGUCGCCGCGCCGCGGCUCGUGGUGAAGUUGACAUCGCUCCUGGGCCACCAGGCGCACCUGCGGCUCCAGAUGGUAAACUGGCCGCGGCUUCCGUCCAUGUCUGGCCUUCGUUGCACUGUCUGAUGCCUGGUGGCUCGCAUGCAGAUGUGCCUGCGAUCAUGGAUACGGGCAAGGAAUACAUUGGAGGAGCAAGCCAGUACGCUUGUACACUGGAUAUCACAUUCGGUAUGAAAUACGGCCUCCUCAAGAUCGGCGACCACAUACCUCGUGACGCUGUGGACUCGGGCAUGCGCUCAUUCGUCGACUACGUCAACGGUCCGGCGAGGGGAUGUAUGUCUCACUUUGACGGAGGGCAGCUUAUGUACAACUUCCUGUUUGGAGAGGGCAAGACACUGCUGUGGAACGGGCAUCUGGGCGCAUACGAUGGAAUAUUGAAGACGGUGCAGCCACAGCCAGACGUGCUCAUUCAGGCGAUUGCUGGGCGGGCAAACUUGAACGGGCGGCCGUUUGAUGGGUCGGCGGCGCAGUUCGCGGUACAAGUGUCGAAGCUUCUGGGAGAGCCCAAGAAGGUGAUCUGGUGCUUGCACGAUGAGGCGCCGAUCAAGCCGUGGACGGUGGAUGUAAGCCCAGCUACGCAAGCGGUCGAGAGGAAGACGGGUUCCAAGGUGACUUCACUGCAUCUAGGUACAUUGGAUAUACUCUUCUGA